UGGGAGCUCUACGUAUAAAAGAAGUCCGCCCUCUCCCCCAUUCCUCAGCUCACUCUUCUCAUUCGAGCUCAUCCCAAGUGAGGGUACUGGUUGCCCCGCUUUUUUCACGACCGUCGUUCUUUCUGCCCCGCACGUCUUACGACCCAUCAUGCGUUACUCCACCGUAUUCUCUGUUGUUCUUGCUGCUGCGACCGCCGCGCCGGCUCUCGCCCUCCCCGUAGGACUUUGGUCCCGCGCAGCCGAGGAUGAGACUCUGUACGAGCGGGGCCUCGAGGACAGCCUCUGGGCACGCGACGUGAUGCCCAGGGGCCCGCCGCGCCCACUUCCCCCGACCCCGAAGCCAGCUCCCCGCCCGUUGCCUCCGACCCCCAAGCCUAAGCCGCGCCCGCUGCCCAAACCUCCUAAGCGCCGCAGCACCUGGAGCGACUCCGAGCUUGAGGAGCGUGACUUCGAUGAAGAGUCCCUCUUCGAGCGUUCGUUCGACGACGAGGAUGUCUUCUGGGUCCGUGAUGUAAUGCCCAGGGGCCCACCGCGCCCACUCCCUCCGACCCCGAAGCCAGCUCCCCGCCCGUUGCCUCCGACCCCCAAGCCGAAGCCGCGCCCGCUUCCCAAACCGCCUCGCCGCCGCAGCUUGAGCGAGGAGGAAGAGCUGUUGGCCCGCGAGUUCGAGGAGGAGCUCUUCGCGAGGGCGAUGGAGAUCGACGAGUUGGACUGAGUCUGUAUGGACGUUGAUAUACUGAAGUGGUACUAGUUAGAUUGCGCGUUUGCUUACGCAUGUCGCUGAUUGUGUAUGCUUGGCGGAAUACGAUGGUUAUUGUGCC